AAUACUUGCUUUGAGUAUUGGGCUGUAGAGGCACUGCUGUGCCCCCCUUAGCUUCCUCCUGGGCGCGACCACAGUUUGACCCUGGGGCCAUGUCCAAACAUGGGUCUGUCUCGUCCUUUAAGGCAUGGAUGAUGUCAGCGGACGACAGAAGGUCCCUCCCCUCUGAGAUCCUACUUGGAUCGGUGUGAUUUGCUAUCUGAUCUCCUCUCAGUUGGCCGGGAAGGGUAUGGGAUGAGACACAGGCUUGUGUUCCUCUCGGGGAUAUAUUAAUAAACCAAAACAGAUCCUCUGUUUUCCUGGAGACGAUCUGCCAGGGGAUAUGAGAAAAGAGGAGGGCGACUCUCUUCAUUCGCGCUAUUUGCUCAGACGUUGCUGGACCAGAAAAAGAAGAUCCACAUGAGGCAGCUGCACUUUGACUGACAAUGGAUAGCAAAGAGGCCCCAAGCCAGCUGAAACCUACUUGGGGGAUUUUACAGGAGGCCAGUGUUGGGACUGAAGGGAAUCGCAUGCAGGAGGCUGAUUUACAGUUUAAGGACCAGAUGGAGGAAUCUGGGACUGAUACCAAGUCUUACUCUGAGGGCAUCAUGCUGCAGUUCGGAGAGAGCAUGGACUGGGCAGGAGUCCAGCUAGAAGGUGCAGCAGAAGAUCCCAGAGGGUCCCUGGAAGGCCUGAGUGUCCAGUUUGAAGAAUGCCUGCAUGAGCUGGGGGCAUUGCUACUGGGGCAGAGUGGAGGCAUGGACAGCCAAAUCGAGGGGUGCCUGGGAGAGAUUAGCACGCAGCUGGAGGAGUGCACACGAGAGUUGGUGGCACAACUCGAGGACUCGGCGGAACGGGAUAGUUCCAGGGGCGACUCCACGACACGGCCAAGCGACGAGGCAGUCCUGGGGGAAUUGGGUCUCCGGUUCGAGGCGUGCAUCGCACAAGUGGGUGCCCUCGAGCGGCACCGGGACCAGCUGGUGGCCGAGCUGCUGGCGCUGGAGGAGCCAAUGGCACGGGAAGCCCAGGAGCUGAGGGCGGAGCUGGCGAAGGUGUGGCGGCAGCUCGCCCAAUCAGAGUUGGAAAGGCGGAGCCUGCGAGGAGAAGUGCUGGGUGUCCGCAAGCGCCUCUUUGCCGUCGUGAGGGAGUGCACCCAGAGUCGGAUCUUCCUGGACACGUUGCAGCGUGACGUCAAGGAGUCAGUCAUCACGCAGGAGAAGCUCCAAGCCGAACUUCUGCGUCUCACUGAGGAGGCGGCCCGACUGCAGCUGGACCAGCAGAACCACCUCAACGACCUGCAGAGCCAGCUGAGCGGUGCGGAGCCGCCCCCCGCGGCCGGCGAGCUGUCCCAGUGUCGCGAGGCAUCCCGCGCCAUCCAGCAGCAGCUGCAGAGCGGGGUGCAGGCCCUGCAGGAGCUCUACGAGCCCAGGCUCCAGGCCCUGCUGGCACGGAGGCAAGCGAGCGCCGAGGCCACCAGGAGGUGCCGGGAGGAGUCCCGGGAGCUACGGGCACAGCUGAGUCCCCUCAGAGAGGAGGCGCAGAGGCUGGCCCUUCAGAAAGCCUACUUGGAGGAGCGACUGGCGCUGAUGCAGCAGGAGCGGGAGGAGAACCUUAGCCAGCACCGGGAGGCGCUGGAUGCCCUCGAAGAGAACAGGCGGCACCUGAAAACAGAGACUGAAAUUCAGCAAAAGAAAAAUCAGGAUAUAGAGAAUGUGAAGAGAGGCCUUGAGGAGGAGCUGAGAACCUACAGGUACAGCGAUGAAGUCCGAAAAACAGCAGGACCUGCCAUGAAGGAAGAAACAUGACUUCUGGGACAACUGUUACGCCACCAGAAACGAAUGCCAAGAGAACAAACAAGUUUUUUUUUUUCCUGUUGAACCUUUGUGUGCCUUUAAUAAUCAAAUAAUAUCUUCACCCAAUGGGGUCACUUUCUAAAUCGGCUAAAGGUGUUAGUGCUUUUCUAAUUGAGUGAAUCUAAUCCAAAACUUUUCCAUCCCUUAUGUUGAAUGUCACGCAUGUUUUUGCCCACAAGAUGUAGGUGUAGACCACAACAGCAGCUCAGAUCUUAAGUCCUAAGCGACGGCUAUUAAACACAGUUCCAGUUU